GCGAACCACAAAAAUAAUUUCAGGACCACCAAAAGCCUCGUUCCACAUUUUGAAUUCACAUGAUAUACGCCUUGUUAUUCAUGUGAACUGUAUCAUACGUUCACGCUGUCUUUCAAUUCUCUAACACAAUUCGUCCAUAGGCUGCGGCCGCGGAUAUCCUACAUAUCUACACAAUGCGUUCUCGGUAGCAAUCGUAUGGGCCGGGUGGCCUUUUCACAGACGAGCGGGCAGUUGAGAAGCUUCCUACCGAAGGACGGUAAGGAGCCGAGAACAGGUCAACAUAAUGAUGCAGAUGAUGAUACUGUACCUGAUUCUCCUCCUGUGGACUCAAUCACACCAAACCUCCGCACGCCCAACGUGGCUGACUUCUACCGUGCAAAACCCGUCUCGAACCGUCGCAUUCAUAUCUUGGGUCUUGGCAGUGUUGGUAAACUCGUGGCCCAUUCUUUGAGGACAAUUCCAAAUCCGCCUCCCGUGACGCUCAUAUUUGGAGGUUGGGCCCCAUUGAACCAGUGGAAAGAGUCGAAGCAGACUCUACAAUUCGUCGUAGACGGCAGUGUCGACAGACAGGCGGGCUACGACGCCGAGCUUGCGUUUCAUCGGCGCCGAUAUCACGGGCAAGAGCUGCCGGUGCAUGGCAAUGACGGAAACUCUACAGACAGCACAUCAUGGCAGAACCAGGAGCCGCAGGUUCAGGAUGGCGAAUCAACAGAGCCAAUUACCUCACUGAUUGUGUGUACCAGCACACCGUUUGUCUUGCAGUCUCUCUCGGCAGUCAGGCACAGGCUUCGCGCUGAUUCGGUUAUCCUAUUUCUGCAAGACGGCAUGGGGACGAUAGAGGAAGUGAACAGAGAGAUAUUUCCGGAUCCAGCGACAAGGCCACGAUAUAUGGUCGGCGUCAACACACAUGGAUUGCACGGCAUUAAAGAUGAUCCUUUCACUACGGUCCACGCGGGCUUCGGGACCAUCUCACUUGGACUCCUACCCCACGAACGUGAAGGCGGAUCCAGACCAUUCUCUCCAACUCCAAAAUUCGUGCCGCGUCGCCAUCUACCUCUCAAUUCCAAGUCAAUGGAUGAACACGAGAACGAAUCGUCCGAGGCGCGAUCGUCCUUCCUUUGGGCCUCCAACGACCGCUAUCUUCUCCGUACUCUUCUCCGCGCACCGGCCUUGUGUGCGACAGCGUUUUCCCCCCCGGAUCUUCUACAAAUGCAGCUCGAGCGACUUGCGAUUAGUUCGGUGAUCAAUCCUCUAUCAGUCUUGCUCGACGCCCGCAACGGUGCGAUACUCUACAACUAUAACAUAACUCGCACUAUGCGCCUUCUGCUCGCGGAGACUUCUUUGGUGAUCCGCUCCUUGCCACAAUUGGCCUACAUUCCAAACGUCGCGCAGCGUUUCGACACUGGUCGCCUGGAAACCCUCGUUGUCAAUACAGCGCAUAGAAGGCGCGACAACAUCAGCACAAUGCUUGCUGACGUUCGCGCCGGCCAGAUAACAGAGAUUGAUUACAUAAAUGGGUGGAUAGUCAGAAAGGGGGAGGAAUUGGGCCUGCAAUGCCUGACCAAUUAUGUCAUGGUCAAUCUGGUAAAGGGCAAAAGUAGACUGAUACAAUCGGAGAUGGGUGAUGAUGUGCCCUUCGUUCAAGAGAGAGCCGGUGAAGGAGCCUUUCAUAUUCGGGAGGGAGAGACCGAGGCUUAGCCAGCGGCAAAUGGUGACAAUGCGCUCCAGUCUCGGAGAUGAUGUUAGAUCACUUUUGUAGGCAACUGUACUAUGUAUAAAGGCACGCCCUUAUUGGGCCGAAUCAAUUCAUUUAUGAAUCUGGCGAUAGACCGCCAUUGAAAUCAAUCACC